GCAGUCUCACUAGGGGGCGGGGGGUGCAGAGCUGAGAGCCGAGGUUGUAUCAGUGAUAUUUUUCGGGGUACGGGUACUAACUGGCAGCGCUGAGCUUUGUCAGGAAUUUCGUGUUUAGGAAGCUGUGGUUGUUGGACGCUUAAACAGAUCACGGUUUUCAGGGGUGGUGAGUAAGAAGCAUCUGUCAAUGAAUGAACUUUUCAGUGAUGAUGGCCGACCAGCCUCCUCCACUGGAAGCUACACCACUUAUCAGUGAAGUGGCACUACUGCCUCAUGUGGUCGGUGGAGAGGCUGCACAGCAGGUUAUACUGGUGCAGGUAAACCCAGGAGAGACAUUCACUAUCAGAACUGAAGAUGGUCACUUCCAGUGCAUUCCAGGUCCUGCUCAAGUUCCUAUGAUGUCACCGAAUGGUACAAUGCCACCAAUAUUUGUGCCUCCUGGUUAUAUCUCUCAGGUAGUGGAAGAAAAUGGAAUGCGAAAAGUCAUGGUACUACCUCAUUCUGCGGACUUCCUCCCUUCUCUGCAUCCUCACCUAGCACAUGUGCCACACUACUUGCAUCAGCACCCUUUAUUGCCUCACCAGCCUCAUCCUAUGUAUUCCACUGUGCCAGGGGACCUGCCAACCCAGUUCAUUCACCAGCAUGCACUUCCACCACAUAUCUAUGCAGAACAAGAAUCCCGCUUGUAUGGAAGGAUAAAUUUUAUACAAAGAGAUGAACGGAAUACUAAAAUGCAUGAACAGUUAAGAAAAAGACUGAAUGACAGACAGAAUGGACAUAAUAAUAAUACUAACAGUAAUAAGCUUAGUAGCCCUCCUCCGUCUCCACAGAAAAGUCACACUAACUUAAACGCACAUGUGCAGAACGGAUAUGGAAAAGGAAGUCACUUUACAGGCAUCAGCAAUGGAGCAGUGAGGCUGAAGCAGCUGUAUAAAAUACAGGGAAGUCCGCCAUCUGAUACAGAAAAUGGAGAUUCAGCAGCUGUCCUGAAGGGACUACAAGAUAUGCUUCCCAGUAUUGACAAGCCUAUAGUGUCCAGUAUUCAGGCAAGAUCAGCUUUGGUUUCUUGGAGUCCUCCUCUGACUUCCCAAAAUAGCGAAAGUCAGACUAAUCAUCUUCCGACAAAAUUUACAUAUGAAGUUGCGGUUUCCAGUAAUGGAAAAAAUGGGAAAUUCAAAUCUGUUUACACGGGCGAAGAAACAACAGUUACCCUACCUGAUCUCCGGCCAGCUACAGACUACUUUGUUAAAGUUUCUGCAUUUUCAAACUCUUUAAGGGGAUCAUCAGAGACGGUGAGCUUUACAACAGAAUGUAGCGAACCAGACCCUCCAGCUCCACCCAGAUUGGUCAACAAAACCAAAAGUAGCCUAUCUAUGCAGUGGAAGGCACCAAAUGACAAUGGAUCGAAGAUCAUCAACUAUCUUUUGGAAUGGGAUGAGGGAAUUAGUGGUGCUUUCAAGGAGUAUUAUACUGGUCACCUGAAGCAGUGCAAACUAAAUGAGCUGUUGCCAUCUACAAGAUACUCCUUCAGAUUAGCUGCCAUAAAUGAAAUUGGGAUGAGUGGUUUUAGUGAAACUGUGGAAUUUCACACAUCUGGAAAUGUCCCACCACCACCAUCUCCUCCUUCGUUGAGUCGUGCAGGGGUAUCUUGUUUAUCUUUAGAGUGGAGUCCACCGUCUAGUGUUUCUUCAGAGGAACCCCUGACCUACAUCUUGGAGAUGGAAGAGGAAUCCACUGGUUAUGGAUUCAAGCCAAAAUACAGUGGGGAAGAAUGCAUAUGCACUUUAAAAAACCUAAGAAGGAGCACUUCAUACAAGUUCAGGGUCUUCGCUUGUAAUAGUGAAGGAAAAAGCAGUGCCAGUGAAAUCGUGGAAUAUAGUACUUGUCCAGAUAAACCAGGUCCCCCAAAUAAACCAUGUGUAAAAGGAAAAAUUCAAGCACACAGCCUCAAAGUUGCCUGGGAGCCUCCAAAGGAUGAUGGUGGAUCUGAGAUCAUGAAGUAUGUUUUAGAAAUAUCAGAAACUUUGCAUGGAAUCAAAUGGGAUAUGGUGUAUAGUGGGUCUUUAAUGGAAUGUCUGUGUAAUCAUCUCAAACCCGGCACGUGGUACAGACUGAGAGUGUACUGCAUCAGCUGUGGAGGGCAGAGUCAGGUCUCUGAAGUUUUGCCAUUUCAGACUGCUGCUGUUCCUCCUGGCCCUUGCCAGCCACCACACCUUCAUGGUUUAGCCAAAGCCAAAGAAGUAAUACUUCAGUGGGGUGCUCCAGAUGAGGAUGGAGGUGCUGAAGUGACAGAAUACUCUCUGGAGAUGGCAAAUGCAGAGCAUGAAGAACACGUACAAGUAUAUAAUGGCUUGGAGUUGCAGUGUACUGUUAGAGGCCUUCUUCCUGGAAAAUCAUAUUGCUUUUGGGCAAAAGCUGCAAACAAAGCAGGGUAUGGACCAUACUCUGAGAAGUCAGUUAUCAGUACAGCUCCUGGCCCUCCAGAUCAAUGUGACCGACCCUUGUUAAUUUGCAAGACUGCUACUUCUGUGCUGGCCAAGUGGGAGAGUCCUGCAUGCAAUGGUGCUGAGGUCACAGAAUACAGACUGGAAUGGGGAGGUGUGGAAGGCUGUAUGCAAGUAGUUUACACUGGUUCUUGUCUGAGUUAUGAAAUCAAAGGGCUUACACCAGCAACUACUUAUUAUUGUAGAGUACAGGCUGUCAAUGCAGUAGGUACAGGGUUAUUUGGAAGUAUCGCGUGGGCUACAACACCAGCCUCUAUGCCAACAGUAGUCUGUGAUUUGAACGUACUAGAAGAUGGACUUGAAUUUCCUUGUUUUUCUCCUGCAACAUGCCUUGCUCUUUAUUGGACUGAACCUCAUUGCAAUGGCUCUGAAAUUCUGGGUUAUAAUAUUGAAUAUGGGGAAAGACAGCUAAUGUCGGUGGACAGAGUUACAAGUUGCAUUUUAGAGAACUUGCAGCCUGAUACGGCUUACAGGAUACGAAUACAGGCUGUUAAUGAAGUUGGUGUUGGUUCCUUUAGUCAGCCUAUUAAAGCCAAGACAAGACCACUCCCUCCUGAGCCGCCUCAUAUUGAAUGCGUUGUCUUCAGUCAUCAGAGCCUGAAGCUGAAAUGGGGUGAUGGGCCCAGCAAAGUCUUAAUGCCUAGUUCUGUACAGUUCAACCUACAAAUGAAAGACAAGUAUGAUCGCUUCGUUUGCAUUUAUAGAGGGCCAUGCCACAAAUAUAAAGUGCAACGCCUGAAUGAAUUCACCGUGUAUAAUUUUAGAAUCCAGGCAUGCAGUAGUGCUGGUGAAGGGCCAUUUUCUGACAUAUACACUUUUAUGACAACUAAAUCACCACCACCACCCCUGAAAGCCCCUAGAGUACAACAGGUAGAAGAUAAUUUGUGCGAAAUUUCUUGGGAAGCUUUACAGCCAAUGAGAGGCGACAACAUUUUCUACACACUUCAGCUUAGUAGUGGGAAAGAAAACGAACAGGUGUACAAGGGAUCAGGAACAUCAUUUUCAUUUACAAAUUUUCAAUCAAACUGCGAGUAUCGAUUCAAAGUCUGUGCAUGUCGGCGAUAUGAAGAUUCUACUGGAGUACAGGAAAUGUGUGGUCCUUAUAGCCCCAGUGCAGUAUUUUUAUCUCAAAAACAAGAACUGCUAUUGCAGAAUACAGACACAGUAACAGAACUCUGGAAGAUUGAGGAAAAAUCCUUAUCUGAUGAGCAGUUUGCUUUUUUGCUCUUAGUUGGGUUUGCAACAGUGGCAGUAAUGUUUGCCAUAAUUAUGCAGCACUUUGUGAUAAAGUAGACCAUUUAAAACUUGUUUUUUUUUUUGUUUGAAAAUACAAUGCUGUUAUCUGCUGGUUACCUUCAAGGCCAUUUGGUGGAAAAAAAAUGAGUGUUCAUCUUUGCUGCUGAGUGUUCAGAAGAUGAGGCAUGCAAUUUACCAAGUGGUGAUUUUUUUUCCCCUUCACAUAAAUGGUACUUGACAAGGGCCUUGUCUGUUCAGUGAGCUGGAGCCAGAAUGCAACACUGCAAUUGAAGAUUGGGUUGGUCACCCAUUUAGGAAGAUGACAGUAACAAAUCUUUGCAAAAGUGCUGCUCAGCAGUUAUGUAAAGCAAAUUUAGGCAGAUCAGAUCUGUUGGAAAGCACUGUGAUUCAAUGGAGUAAGAAGGAAACAGAGUUGAAAGAAGAGUGAGAAUUUAACAGUACCAUUUUGUGUGAGCCUGAGAAUACUUACACAGAAUAAAGUAGUCAAGUAAUGUUGGCCUUCACAUGUAGGACUGAAGUUUAUUAAUUAUACUAUUUAAGACUGCUGCACAGAGAAUGUAAACAGUUUGUGGCCAAAGUGUAAACCAACGGCUAACGAGUGUCAGAAAUGUGUAUGUCAGUUCUUAGCCCAGUCCAGUGAGAAAACUGAAAGAUCAUUGUUUCACAAGGACUUCCUACACUGCUCCUAGACAUCAUUUCAGAAUGCCUUUUUUAUGGCAACAGCUUUGACUCCCCAGUCUAUCGUCCAGUCUCCUUUAAAGAUUGUUGGAUACGAGUGCUUUUGUUCUUCCAUUGGAAAUUAUAGUGCACUUUGUAAAAAGUACAAAUUUUAAGAAGUGUCGUUAGGAGUAAAAGGGUGCAUUUAUUAUAAAUGGUUCAGUACUUGCUCAAACUGAGCAAAUUA